AUGUCUAUAACGUCUAAAGGUGAGUUGGUCACAGAUCACCAAUAUCAAACCCCUUCCCAUCACGUUCCAACGUCUAAUCCGCCUGAAUCACAUGUCCGACCCUCCAUAGUCGCAGCCGAACAGAGCGACUCUAUAGAUAUCAUAUCCAAGCUAGGCACUAUCUGUCUUUAUUCUAGAAUGAUGUAUCCGAUGGUGGUUGAAUUAAAACUGACUGGAUCGAUGUGGGGGAAAAACCUAGACGGUCAGAAGAAAGGACAGAGUCACAUGUGGGAAAACAUAACACAACACGCGAGUAUACCGAGAGCACAUUUAUUUCAUUUAGGAACUUUUGGCUCUACAGACAAGUUUAAGGAUUGUUUUUACUCAUUUUACUGUGUCGCUAAGACUACCCGUUGUAACGCAAACAAAUCAAUAUUGAAAUUUGUCGCGGUGACUCCCGCAGGGACCGUCGGGAUAUAUCCGGCCAUCUGGGGACCCCACCAAGAAGUGGAGGAUCCCAGAAUACCUCCGAUACCGGAAUAA